AUGCUCGCAACAAAAAGGACUCACGCUACGAUGACGUUGAGCGGAUCUCUGCCGCCUUCCGGGUUACGUGUUGACAGCUCGUCAACUUCUCUUCGUCCACGAUACCUAUGCUUCGUUAGGGACUUUGAACAAGGCAUAUACGAGACGGUCAAGGUCUCCGACUACCUCGCGCAGCAUGGAGACGAUGUAGACCUCGAGUUCGUCUUCGUCUCAUACACCAGGCUCCAGUUCAGGGUAGCUACUGAGGAGGAACUCAACAAGCACGACUACCCAGACGAGGCUACCAGGAACGCUAACAAAGAAGUUGCACGACAGGAUCGAGAGAUCUUGGCCAAAUGGGGCAUGGAUGCCGCAAAAGGGGUGGGGAAAAGGGCAUUCUGGCUCGACUUCGAGUGUGUUAGGAACGACGACGGCAUCGCACGAUCGACGAGCAGCAGUCAGGACGUCUAUCGAAUUUGCGACAUUGUUCGUGCGGCACAUUCCAUGAUCAUCGCCAUCGGACCAUCCGCCAACGACAAGGUCGCCUCAAUCCUUGCUAGCACUGAGCCUCCUGAGUACAAGCGUGAGAACGUCACUCCGUGGCUACGGCAGUGGGGAUCUCGCCUGUGGACGCUGCCGGAACUUCUGCUUUGCCCGGCGGAAUAUCGCAUACGACUCUAUGUCCUCGGGGACCAAGCGGAACCCAAGGAAUUGGCGAAACGCAACUUUGCUGAGCGGGCAUGGGACGACGCGGAGGCUGUGAAGGAACUCGUGGACCACUUCGAAGGAUCCGCAAUCCUUACCGACCUUCGGCUCAUCGAAGCUGCUCUCGCUUGUUUCUCGAGGCGUCAGACGGAUCAAUUCAACAAGGGAGACAUUGCAUAUGCAACAAUGGGUCUGUUCCCCAACCGCCAUCGACCUCCGGUGAACAAAGACGACUCCGGGUUCCAGGCCUUUGCCAAGCUCUCCAUCGCCAAUGAUAGUGGAGCCUUCCUCAGCAGGUUGAUAUCCCUCUCCCAGCCAGACGGAGCCCCAUGGCACCGGGUAGAAGAUACCUGGGGUGCUAGGCUCAGCGAGAUCUUUCCAAGCGUCAGUAUAACCGGCGUGGUCGGCGCCGAUACAGUCAUGCUAGAUAAGGUUCACGGUGCGACGAUUCAUUGGGACAACCUCGAGCCAGAGCCUUAUUUCGACAGGAGCUUCGGGAUGCGUUAUGUCGUUUUCGUCGGCUUCACGUAUUUUGCAUGCUUCUCCGUCCCUAUGGCAUUCUCUUUCUUCACUGGCAUUGCUAGCAUCGUGCUCUCAGACUUUAUGCGAUUGUCGAUCUGGCAGGUCUACAUGUGGCUCCUUCCUCUUGCCAUAGUCUUCGCUCUUUUGUUCCCAAUAGUGGUCCACGCCGUCUUGAGAAGCUGUCUCGCGUUGACGCUCGUCAAGUACAUGAUAACAUGGUACCCCAUCAAGGAGUUGCCACUGCGCUUCCUCUUUUGGAACGUUGCCUUCGCAGGGCUUGUUAGCUCGCUUGGGUUAUUGCCAGAAAUCACCUUCAAUAAAAUUUCUUUGACAGUCGACAUCGGCGGUAUCAUCUUCUUCACCAAUAUUAGUCUGCUGUACUACGCCAUACAGGUCGGCUUCUCAAAUCUUAUCGGAGGGCCAAAGGAUAUAACCUGGCUUCUUCCGCAUCAGAAACUCUACUACUCACAGCGUGCCGCUUCUGAGUCGUUCUACGCCAAAGCAGCGGGGGCUGUUUGGUGGAAGCACCAGCAAUCGAUCUCCAACGCUUUACAGUCAUUUCUGGUCUUUUUCAUCGCCUUGGCGAUGUCUCUGACCUCUGGGGGUGUCAUCCACGAAGACCCUGUCAGCGGAGCGGGUGCUGUUGUCAUGACCAUUCUCGCUGGUCUCUUGAUUUACAAAUUUCCACCGUCGCUCUACGCUGUUAUGGUUUCAGUCGCGAUUACAUCAGGUGUCUUGAGCGUCCUAAGCGUUUCUGGCUUCAGCGUUCUCGAAGCUGUUCCUUUCCAAUUUCUGGGGCGAAUUAAUGAAGCGGCGCUGCCCUUUCUUUGGGCUUUCAUGGUCCGCCAAUCGACAUCGUGGUCAGGAGCGCUGGGAUCAGUGUCCUUGUCUUGGAUGGGCUGGGCACUCGGCCAGAUAAUCAUGGACUACACGGACAGUAUCUCGACCUUUGCUGCUCAGCUACCUCUUCUCAUUGGACAGAUCAUCUUGUGGGCUCUGCUGUGGGUUGCAUGUGAGCGUGAGAGCAAGUUCAAGUUGCCUGAGCAUUCACAAGACAUCCUUGCGGCAUCGGAUAGAGAUAUUGAAGACCAAGACAGCGAGUGGGGAGAGGAUAGUCAAUAG